AUGUAUCCAUCAACAAGUCUGAUCACAGCAUGUAUCCUGGCAGCCGGUAGAGCCCUUGCCUCUGAACCGCUCCAGCUAAGACAAGCCGAGGACCCUGCCUCAUUCACCAGAGCCAUCUCCGCGCUCGUGCACACCUACCUCCCAUCGGACGUCUACGCCCGCCUGACGGCAACCGUCACGGCCCUGGUCCCCGCAUCCGAGGCCACGCAGGGCCCGGAGGCGAUUCUCGUCUCCGCCCUGGCGGCAUCUCCACCCCCAGCCUGGCUCACCCAGGCAUUUGGCCCGGAAGCCGCCGUCUAUCAGUUCGGCUUGGCCCAAGGUGUCGAACAGAUCCGCCCUGGCGGCAGCGGCGUCGCCACCGCCACCACCACCCAAGGUCCGACCGGGACCGAUGCCGUCGCCAACGCUACCUCGUCAGCCAGCGAGGGCGGUGCCGCCAGGCAGACGCUUGCGGCCGUUGGUGUGCUUGGAAUGGCCGGUCUUGUGGCGGUAGCGUUGUAA